AUGGAGAACUGAGGCACCAGGCCAACAGCAGCACACCUGCCUCCCAGCUCUGCAGUCAAGAUGCAGCGACUCUGCGCCUAUGUCCUGAUCCUGGUGCUGGCUCUGGCCGCCUGCUCUGAAGCUUCUUGGAAGCCUGGCUUCCAGCUGCAAGAUGCGUCCUCAGGACCAGGAGCCAACAGGGGCAAAGAGCCACAUGAGCUGGAUCGGCUUGGCCCAGCCUCUCACCACCGAAGGCAGCUGGGGCUCCAGGGGCCCCCUCACCUGGUGGCAGACCUGGCCAAGAAGCAGGGGCCAUGGAUGGAGGAGGAAGAAGAAGCAUAUGGAUGGAUGGACUUCGGCCGCCGCAGUGCUGAGGAAGGAGACCAGCGUCCCUAGAACCGAGCUCCAGAGCCCAGCCACCUCCCAGGCCAUCCCAGUCCAGCCACAUGAAAGCCAAGUCCCAAUAAACUAGCUUCCAACGG